GGUCAUGCCUCAGGUCCCCUCGAAACAAAUUGCGUCUCAGCGAGGUCCGAUCCGGAUAUCAGACUAGAAGAAGACCAAAAUGGCACACGUCUUCACGCAGAAGCAAAUCGAUGAAUACAAGGAAUGUUUCCUGCUGUAUGAUCGGUCCAGGAAGGGCUUCAUCCGAGGGGAUGACCUGGUUGUGGCUAUGAGGUCACUCGAUACACAUCCAACGGUCGAUGAGAUCAGAGAGUACCGCAAGGAACACGAACAUGGUGGGAAAGUCAAGUUUGAGGACUUUCUGCAAAUCAUGUACAAGCACCACGAGGACCCGCUGAAGGAGAUCCUGGAGGCCUUCCGGAUCUCGGACACACAGAACAGGGACUUCAUCAUGGCUAACGAGUUCCGACACAUCAUGACACGCUUCGGGGAGAGACUAUCGGACAAGGAAGUGGAUGCCGUGCUCAGAGAAUUCGGCGUGCAAAAGACCGGCUUUCUGAAAUACAAGGAGAUCACUAAACAGGUACUGAAGCCAAUACCGGAUACAUUAUCAUAAAUUGAUUUCUGUAGGUUUUCAUUGGCUUUCAGCAUUAGUACAUAUUUCAUUGCUCACUAAUAUUGUAAACAAAUUAUGGAGAAAGGAGUUAAUUUCGGAACCAUCUUAAAAAAACACAACCCAACCUUUUGUGUGACCAAAGUACAUAUAGUUCUUAGGUGCGUGCAGAGGAUAUACCUUGUCUGGUUGGAAAUUAGAUUAAAGAUUAAUCAUAAUUUUUACAGUGUAAUUCUAGAAAUAUGUCCAAUAACUAGUUGUUUAAUCGAUCCUGGUCACCAAUUGUAGACUUUUCUACUUAACCCUGACCUUCCCAACUCCAUCAAAAUCCAUCCGCCAAAUUUGGUGGAUUUUUUGGGACUUGGACCUGCAGGCAUGGUUUGACUAAAUAUUGAUGGAGUAUGAUGGACUUGCCUAGCAUCCUGUACUGCUGUUGCCAUAUAAGCCAUGUUUACUAAGCCAUCAAUAUCCACCAGUACUUCAGUGGUGGGUUCCAUUAUGUCAUGUGUUGGAAGCAGAAUGAGUGAUGGAUUUUGGCGGACUUGGUCCAGUACAUGUACUUGGUAAAAGACAGUAGGGAACGAGGGUCAGAGUGCAAAACAUUGCACAUGCUUUCGGUUAGAAUAAAAUGAACUUGAAUUUCACAAGAAGAUUUGUAUUACUUAGUGUCAAACUAUGGUAAACUUUCAUACAUAGGAAUGCCAAAACAAAAAAAUAAACUUUAAUGCAUGAUUGCAAAACAAAAAAAAUACACUCUUCACUCCUAACAAUUUUGUGGAUUUCCUGAGCCUCAUUUUUUAAGGUGAUAACUGACACUGAUUUUCCUGGAAAUCCUCAAAAAGAAAUUUUCCUUGGAGUUCUCAAAAUGGUUAAAUUCGGUCUGUUGGAAUUGUUUUUAUACCAAAAAUCUGCUACUUUUAUAUUUAAGGUAGUUCAAUUAAGGCCAGUGCUUACGUUGGCAUUUUUUUUUCUCCGUAGUUCAAUAAUUCUGUUUUAAAAGUUUAAAUGAAUUUCUGGAUUACAGGCUGCAUGUAAUUAACGUAAUUUGGUUAUGUAUUGAUCAAGCAAAUUUUUAACUUUGGUAAUCGGUAAUCGGUAAUCUGUUGCUCAAUACAUUUCCAACUUUUGUAUCAUGUUGUUCCACUGUUUUAAUGAUCCAAUCAGUGGCAUUAUUGUGGUUAAUCAAGUAUGUACUAAAGUAAUUAAAUUAUCCGGCUUAGGUAGGCUCAGUGGAGGACAUUUAAUUUCCCGUUUGUAUCUACACGGACGUAAUUCCUUUGUUUUCUUUCAACCCGCACUUUUAGAUAACUAAAUGGGGAUAUUUUUUUUGAUUUAUUUUUUGUAGGUGGUGGGAAUAUUAAAAAAAAUAAUUAAAUAUUGUACUAAGUUUUAAUUUAGUCGAGACAAGAUAUAGACUUUAUAUCUUUCAGAACGUGCCUUGUAUGUGUACUAUUCAGAAACUCUGCCAAAAUAUUGCAAAUUUGCUCUUAGCAUCGUAUUCAUAUCAUUGUUAGGGUUAUGUAUAUAUCGGUUAGAUUGCCUUGUACAUAAUGGGUGAUUUUAAAGUAGAAAUAUUAAGAGUACUUACAGGAAUUUUUUAUAAAUCUGAUCAUGAAAUUUGAUUGCCUUUGAAUUAGAAUAAAAAUUAAUGACCUC